AAAAAACUCAUUCAUUUGGGUUCCGCGUACUUAUCGCCCAAAGUCGUAACUUAAUCGCCGCGGCUUAUAUAACUACCUACAUGACAAUGGUUGUUGUUCUUCCAUAAAUGGUGUGUAAAUAUUCCAAAAUUAAAUGUAUUCACUAAUAACGUGAACCUUGGCACUCUUAGAACUGGUACAAAGAGUACUCAGAGUAAAAAAAAAGUUUCCAUUAGAAGGUGCGUUUUCACUUAAUAUAUAGAAAACGUUUAGUAGCUAAAUAACUUAAUUGCCCGAUCGUUUACCGUUAAUAAAAAUCACCAUAUACGUGCACAAACUGUUGUUGCCUUUGAUGAUUAUUAGUGCAUUAAAUGAAAACAAACCGAAAAAAAUUAAGUGUAUGCAGUGACGAUAUACGCGCCCAUUCAUUUCGUUGUGGUGUUUGCCCGUGAAUUUGCUCGUGUUCAAUAAAUGGCUUUCGAUAAAUGGACUGUACUGAAAAUUUUUGAAGUGUGCUUCGCAGUAGCCUGUUUCAUAACCAAGCGUGUGACCGAUGACGAAGCCUCGAGACUGUUUCUGUACCUGCAAAAGCUAUCCCGAGAAUGGAGCCUCUUGAACAACGUCACCUGGGACAAGGUCGGCUCCGCUGUGGCGGAUGCAACCUACGGGGGAUACAUUCUAAUCACCUUCGGCUUGCUCUUCGCAAAACUUGCCAAUGAGAUCCCGACGGCGAGAAGAGUGCUAGAAAUGUUUCUAUUAGGAAUCGGUGCGCUACUCUACAUCGUUUUGGGGAGUCUGGCGUUCGCGGCACUAGACUCAGUCCCACCCGAUUUGGUAGACAACGCCGCCGUAUUGGGAACUUUAUCGCUAAUUACCGCGGCACUAUUCCUAUUAGAUUUAUGCGGACCGCGUGCGAAAAAAGCAAAACCCGAGCCUCUGAAGAUACAAAUCGUCAGUAAACCGCAGCCAAACGCCGAAGAGAAAGACCACCAGCCGACGGAGCUUGACAAUGGGGUUGGCGUACACGAAGACAGCACGUUACCAAAGAAGGUCGAGCUAAAUGGACACCACCAGUUUAAGGUAAGCAGUCCCGGCGAUUUCAAAACGACACAAAAUGGAUAUAAGAAGAUGAAGGAGAGGGACUCGGGGAGAAGGUUCGGCAUCUACGGGAAGGACGGCGAUGGCGAUGUCAACCAUGAGCAUACAGGAAAGGGUAGUGAGGCUACCGAGUCAGAAAGACACUCUCCUGUCUGGAGUCAAAUUAGAAAAGGGCAAUAUGGAAAGUAUGACAUCGUAAUACCGUCCUAUCUGUACACCAAUAAUAAUUCACCUAAUGGCCAUCCGACUCAGCCCAGUAGCCCUAGCGAUCCUGGAUACGUGCAGUACACGGCUCAAAGAUGGGGGCAGCCAACUCAGAAAACACCGCGUCACAGUCCGACGCAGGUUUAAUGUUAAUGUUCGGUUAGUCUUCAACUUUAAGUUAGUGCCUAGAAAGUGCUUAAUUGUAUUUUUAUACCGUUAUUAUAAAUAAAUGUCGCUUAUAUACU